GCAGCCAUGCAGCAGGUCCUGGAUAACCUCACGGAUCUACCAACAUCAACAGGAGCCGAAGAAAUCGACCUGAUUUUCCUCAAAGGAAUUAUGGAAAACCCUAUUGUAAGAUCCCUUGCUAAGGCUCAUGAGCGAUUGGAAGAUUCUAAACUUGAGGCUGUCAGUGAUAACAACUUGGAGUUGGUGAAUGAAAUUCUUGAAGACAUCAGUCCCUUAGUAAAUAAAGAUGAAAAUAUUGCMGAGUUAGUAGGAAUACUCAAGGAACCUCAUUUUCAGUCACUCUUGGAAGCGCAUGAUAUUGUGGCUUCAAAAUGUUAUGACUCCCCUCCUUCUAGUCCCGAAGUCAAUAAUUCUUCGGUGAACAACCAGAUCGUUCCAGUAGAUGCCAUUCGCAUCCUUGGUAUUCACAAAAGAGCGGGAGAACCACUGGGCGUUACCUUCAGAGUGGAGAACAACGACCUGGUGAUAGCGCGAAUCCUGCACGGCGGCAUGAUAGAUCGGCAGGGUCUUCUGCAUGUAGGUGACAUCAUUAAGGAGGUGAAUGGCCACGAGGUUGGAAACAAUCCAAAGGAGCUGCAGGAGCUGCUGAAAAACAUCAGCGGGAGYGUGACGCUGAAGAUUCUCCCCAGCUACAGAGACACGGUUAUCCCUCAGCAGGUUUUUGUGAAGUGUCAUUUUGAUUAUAAUCCAUAUAAUGACAACCUCAUCCCGUGUAAAGAAGCUGGUUUGAAAUUUUCUAAAGGUGAAAUUCUUCAGAUUGUGAACCGGGAAGAUCCAAAUUGGUGGCAGGCUAGUCAUGUCAAGGAAGGAGGAAGUGCAGGACUUAUUCCCAGCCAGUUCCUGGAAGAGAAAAGAAAGGCAUUUGUUAGGAGGGACUGGGACAACUCAGGGCCUUUCUGCGGAACAAUAAGCAGCAAAAAAAAGAAAAAGAUGAUGUAUCUCACCACAAGAAAUGCAGAAUUUGAUCGUCAUGAAAUCCAGAUAUAUGAGGAAGUAGCCAAAAUGCCUCCUUUUCAGAGGAAAACACUGGUCCUGAUUGGGGCCCAAGGAGUGGGGCGAAGAAGCUUGAAGAACAGGUUUAUUGUACUGAAUCCCACUAGGUUUGGAACUACAGUGCCAUUUACUUCCCGAAAGCCAAGAGAUGAUGAAAAGGACGGGCAAGCCUACAGAUUUGUGUCACGGGCCGAAAUGGAGACAGAUAUUAAAGCUGGCAGAUAUUUGGAGCAUGGAGAGUAUGAAGGGAAUCUUUAUGGCACCAAAAUCGAUUCCAUCCUUGAAGUUGUUCAGACCGGAAGAACCUGCAUUCUGGAUGUGAACCCCCAGGCCUUGAAAGUCCUGCGGACCUCGGAAUUCAUGCCCUACGUCGUGUUCAUUGCUGCGCCAGAGCUGGAGACGCUGCGAGCCAUGCACAAGGCUGUGGUGGACGCUGGAAUUACAACCAAACUUCUCACUGACACGGAUCUGAAGAAAACGGUGGACGAGAGUGCCCGCAUCCAGCGCGCCUACAACCACUACUUCGACCUGACCAUCACCAACGACAACCUGGACAGAGCCUUCGAGAAGCUGCAGGCCGCCAUCGAGAGGCUGCGGCUGGAGCCCCAGUGGGUGCCCAUCAGCUGGGUGUACUGAGCUCCCGGGGCCGGAGCCCUCGGAGCCGCGCGGCAGCCGCGCCGGCCCCGCGGGCCCGUCCAGCCCCGGGCAACCUGCGCGUUUCUACUCGGGGUAAAUUCGGGAGUACACGAUGCUGAAUUUUUAUAGAAGCGUGGAAGGGAAAGUGUACUUAAAUAUGUAAUUUAUUUUAAUUUUUCUAACUUUUUAUGGAUAACCUUUCUAUUCAUAUCACAUGAAGGAAAUGCGUUUAAGCAUUUUUAUACGUUUUGGUUUAGUACCUUUGCCUUUUUCGUCUAAGGAACUUGCGGUCGUUCACUUUAACAUUUACAUCUCGGUCUUACAUUUUCACUGUGAUUAACAAAAAAAAAAAAAUGAUACUUGAAAUUUUUUGUAAAACUCUUGUAAAUGUCAGUUAAAACUGGUCAAAAGUCUACAGCUCUUCCCGGGAGGAUACACUAAUCUCUUUUCUUUCCUUUGAAAGACAUAAAUUUCACGGGAGCAGACUUAUAAAUACUGAAAUCAGCAACCACCACCCAGCUCUUGCUCCAGCUUCGCUCUGCUUAACGUUGCUGCGUUCUUGACGUUUCAYGAGCUCUCCAUGUCUGUUGAUUGAGCCAGCUGCUCUGUAGGUUCCCCUMACGUCUCGGUGGUACCUUGUGGGCUUCUGGUUAAGCUCUUGUGAACCCUGACCUGUUACCUUAGUCUGGCUGAAGUACUGGCGGUGGAGAGCCUCCGUGCAAGGCAGUUUGGUGGCAUGUGAGUAAUGGAGAAGUAGCCUGAGAGGGCCGGAUAAUGUGGAGCCUUGUAGAGUGAAGCUUAAUGUCUAGGACUGUUAUUCACACUUGUUUUAAAAAAAAAAAAAAAAAGAGAAACCCACACUGCUAAAAGAAAGCAGCAUUUUCUUUUUUUAACAUUGUUCAAUAUUUGUAUAUUAAUCUGUGACUUAAGUUCUUGUGAUAUUUAGCUGGCUUCUCUAUUAUGUUUUGGAAUAUUUGUGAGUGAUCAGCUGUUGUCCUUUUUGGAACGUGUCGUGAUGGAUUUCUGUGCUCUUUGUUACGUUGUGUUUUUAAACUGCAUUUUUUUUUGCUGGAUGGCUUGUGAAUUGGACGCUUGUCAACUGCUAAUAGGCAGUGUUGGUUUUACCUUUUGGUUUUACGAUUCCUUUUGUGUUUAAUAGUUCUUCCUUAUGUCCAAGCUCAUCUGUCAAUUCGCUGAUUCACAACUUACGCUAGUGCAAACUUCUGCUUAGUAAGAACAAAAUGAAAAUACAGCUUGUCACAAMGACUAGCUGGUUUUAUGACCAACCAUAUUUUAUUUAGCUGCUGUAUAUAGUCA